GAGGAGAGGCAGCGAGUCUUCAUUUACAACUGCACAUGUGUCCUGCUGUGUGUGUGUUGUUGAGAGAAAGAGGAAAAAGCAGCAGAGUCAGUGAGGAGGGCAUGCAGACGUUUGGGAAAGGGAGAGAGAGGAGAGAGAUUCGGCAGACCUGUCGGGGUCUCUCAUGUCACAUUUCUGCCCCGAGGAGCUGACCUAUGUCUCGCUCUAAAAAGAAAACUAAAACGGAAUAAAGGAAAGCUGCACUCUGGAAAACAGUCGGAGCAGUGUACCUUCUCCUCCUGCUGCUUCGGCAUUAAAGAAAGAAGAACUGAGGGCAUGAAAGGAGAAUGACUGACAUUUUUAAUUUGUAUCUACAUAAGAAAGAGAAGAGGAGACGGAGGCUUUUGGGCCUGUCUGACAACUGUGGGAGGGCAGAGGAGAUUUAUACUUAUAAUUGUACUGUUAGCCUUCUUUUGGUAUUCUUUGAGAGAAAGGCAAAGAGAAGAGUGGAGAUAAUAGGAGAGGAGAAAAAAGGGGAGGAGAGAGUCGAGCACAGAGUAGAAGAGUACCGAGAGGAGGAGAAAAGAGAAGACCAGAGUAAAGAGGAAAGGAGGAAUGAGAGGACAGGAGAGCAGAUGGGCUCUUCAGAUUAUUAACAUAUGCCCAGUCCUUGGCUAACUCCACUAACUCCUGUCUGGAAGGAGGGAGCUGUGUCCCAGGACAUGAAAGAUGCCAAUAUCAUCGCAAUCUGGAAGAACAAGGAGGACAGAGGGAACUGCAAAAACUGUCAUAGCAUAUUCAUACUCGGUAUGGAAAACAGCUCAGGCAUGUUGAUAAUGAUGGUGAAAACUGGGAGGGAGGUACAGAUUGAUGGUUUCACUGAGCAUUGCAUGGCCUUCAGUGAAUUUGCUGGGAGCUCCACACUUGGGAAGAUCGUUGCAUUGUGUUAGCACUCAUUUAAAUGAUCUCAACCAGCAAACUGGCAAAAAUAUAGAGGUUUAAGAAUUCAGGGAAAAGCCUCCUUAUCAUGAGGUGCUGAACUGACUUCUGCAGGAAAAAUAAUAACCACAACAUGAGCGCUCCAACAACAGGAAGCCCAAAUAUGGAGGUGAAGGUGGUGUCCCAGGAGAUGGCAUUGCUUAGCAAUAUACUGGCUGCUUACACCUUCAUUGCAGACCAGCCCGAGAGGACAGCGCUUGUGUUUCUUGGCGGCGUGUGCGUUGGCCUUCUUGUCACACUGUGCGCCAUCGUCUUCCAAAUACACUGUCGAGCAGACUGCCACUAUGGCAACACUAACAAUCUUCCCCAUCGCCCAAGGAACAGACUCCAACAUCGUCGGCAUCACAGUUGUCACCACCAUCAGCCUGCAGACAGCAACCCAGACAAUACUGCUGUCGUCCCCUCUGGAGAGACUGGGCCCACUGGGGACAGCGAGUCUGAGGACUGGGAUGACACAACUGAUCCAUCAGCCCGGAGACGCAGACGCUUUGAGAGAUCCCUACUGCACGCCACCAUGUUCACAUCAGCUGAGGAGCUGGACCGGGCCCAGAGGCUAGAAGAGCGGGAGAGGAUCCUCCGAGAGAUCUGGAUGAACGGACAACCAGACAUCAGUACAGUCACUCAAAGUCUUAACAGAUAUUAUUGAAACAACAGUAAACAGAGAGAUGCGCAGACUGAGAUACAGACUGAAAAAAGAAGGAAACAAACAUACAGGCUAGCUGAUGGAUGGAAAGUGAUCUAAUAGCUACAUAGAUGAAUAAAUACUAUAUGACAUGAAUAGCCAUCAGCUUACUGGACUGAUGUAUUGCGCCAAUGUGACUCUUGUGAAACUGUCACUGACAGAAAUGCCUGGAGAAGUCCCUCUACUGUGUAAAUUAAUGAAAACAUAUGAGCUGCGAUAGUUCAGUCAUCCAACAAGGGACGGCAGUGACAUUUUGGAAGAAGAAUGCCCUGAAACGUCAACUGGUAGAGACACAAAGAGCACAGAUGACCACCACUGCUGCCAUCCGUAGCAGAUAUUUCAGAGAAUCUGCGAUAUGUAGCUGCUGCCAUAAAGUCGCUGGGAUUUUCUAACUUUUCUAUUAUUAACAAGUGCUUUGAGAAGUAUAGCAAACAGAGGGCACAACAGAGGCUACAGCUGUGUGUGAGUGUACAGUCUGAAAUGAAAUGAUGAGAUUAAGCAAGCUUUCAGCUGCUUUCUUAUUCACACGGGGUCACCAAAGCAAGGAUCUUGGCUUGUUAAACUGAUCAUAAUCCAACCAUCUGUACUGGACAGUAUCAGCUUUUUAACAGCCACUUUUCUAUCGGUGCAUUAGAUUACCAAUUUACUAAUGGCAAUGUUUUUUAUUUAUUCUGUCAACUUAAUGAUGACUGAAUUUAAACAGAAUCAAAUGAAAGAUUUUAAACAAUAACUUAUUGUUUAAUUAUUGCCAGUACUAUUCUCUUUAGUACUUUGUUUUAAGGCCAAAUAAAAGCAAAAACAUUUGCAUGACAUUUGGGUUAAUUUUCAAUCAGUGGUUCUCAAACCGUUUCUGGCACGCCCCACUUAAUCCUAGUACACUAACAUUGGGUGAUUGUCAUCCAUGUAACUAUAGUCAGAUAAUUUUCAUUGUAUUGCUUUAGAGCCUUUUUAUAGGAUCCCCCAUGAUACCUUUUUUUCGUUUAAUGCAGUAACUCAAUGCCCCACAAGUGGAAUCUACCCACAGUCUGAGAACUACUGUCUUAAACACUGGUAUCAAGAUACGGUCCACAUUUUAGAGUUUUGGCACUUUUUUUCACCUACUCUUGAUUGUUUGUGAACCUGCUAUAAUCCCACUGUGAGUUCUGGAAUCUGUAAAAUUAAAGGCAACAGAAGGGAAAAAGUGUAAAUGUGGUGAGAUAGAUGUAAAACUUCCACUCUACAGAGCAGCAUAAUAACUCCAUGCACUGAUGGAGAUGUACUGGUGCUUAUAUUGUUAAAAUUCUAGGUCUCCUAAUGACUGUGUACUAAUAAUUAUGACAGAAAUGGCUUAGAAUGGCAGCUAAUCAGCUGCAGGUCUUUUUGCACAUCAGACAAUGUAUGAGCAGCUCAUGCUCCAUUUAAAUCUGUGUUGAAGAGUUGAAAACGUGAAUAAACUUUAAUUUCAGUGUUU